CUAAUUAUAUAAGUAGCAUGUUUAGGUUGCUGGUGACUAUAGUAUUUGAGCACAGUGUAGACUUUAUGUUAGUAUUGGGGUCUCCUUUUGUUAAUCCUCUUUUAAGAUAUGUUAUGGGCAAUGAAGAGGCUCCAUCUAAUUUUCAUUGCUUUGGUUCUUUGGAGAGAUACAAAUGGAUUUGGAGUGUGGAAUAGAACCUCUGUUGUUGACUUGCAAGCUGGACAUUUUAAUGCAACAUGGAACCAAAAUUUUCACUUGGCUACACCUGUUCAAUCUUUGGAGCUACUGUCCAGGAAAGGUGCAAAUGGAGAUGAAGGCGGAAGAAAUUCUAGUAGUUUCAGUUAUACUUUGGCAGUCCAAACUGCUCCCCAGGAUUCUAGUUUUGUUCAGUCUUCUGGUGGUGCUGCUCAAGGUAAACCUGUACUAAAUGCUCAAGGUCAAGCAGCUCCCAUGGUUCAACCCCAGGACAAUUUGACAUCCCAGUCCUCAAGGCUCGAUUGGUUUGAAUUUCUCAAGCCUAAAUGUUGUGGCUCUUGGGUCUCUCAAUCUUGGCCACAAAAAGGUCGGAACAACCCUGGAUUCCAAAGACCAUCCUCUUUCCAGCUUGAAGGUGCUAUAAAUCAGCCAUCAGGAUUCCAGACCCAGUCAUCAUACCAGCCUAGCACCACCACACAGGUUCUUGCAGGCCAGUCUGGUUCCUCAUCUCAGGCUCAGGGCAGCUAUGGUGCUGGACCUUCAGCACAAGCUAAAUGGUACAGCAUUGUACCGGGUCAGACCACUCCCUCCUUUUCUCAAGUUCCUGGAAUCCAGACCCAGUCAUCAUACCAGCCUAGCACCACAACACAGGUUCUUGCAGGCCAGUUUGCUUCCUCAUCUCAGGUUCAGGGUAGCUAUGGUGCUGGACCUUCAGCACAAGCUAAAUGGUACAGCAUUGUACAGGGUCAGACCACUCCCUCCUUUUCUCAAGUUCCUGGAAUCCAGACCCAGUCAUCAUACCAGCCUAGCACCACAACACAGGUUCUUGCAGGCCAGUUUGCUUCCUCAUCUCAGGUUCAGGGUAGCUAUGGUGCUGGACCUUCAGCACAAGCUAAAUGGUACAGCAUUGUACAGGGUCAGACCACUCCCUCCUUUUCUCAAGCUUCUGGAAUCCAGACCCAGUCAUCAUACCAGCCUAGCACCACAACACGGGUUCAGACAGGCCAGUCUGCUUCUACAGCUCAGGCUCAGGGCAGCUAUGGUGCUGGACCUUCAGCACAAGCUAAAUGGUACAGCAUUGUACAGGGUCAGACAACUCCAUCCUUUCCUCAAGUCUUGGGAUUUCAGACCCAAUCAUACCAGCCUAGCUCUGCACCACAUGCUGGUCAGUUUGCUUCUACAUCCCAGGCUCAGAACAGCUAUGUAGUGGGACCUUCAGGACAAUCUAAGUGGUACAGCAUUUUACAAGAUCAGACCAUUCCCUCCUCUUCUGAAAUACAGACCAAGUCAUCAUACCAGCCCAUCACCACAACACAGGUUCAGACCAGCCAGUCUGCUUUUACAUCUCAGGCUCAGUCUUCUGGUGCUUCACCAUUGCAUCAAGGGAUUACCUCUGGCAGGUAUCUGACUUCCCAUUAUCUGAGGAUUCCAUACACCUCCCAGUCUGGACCCCCCUUAAACCAGAUAUCUGGAUUCCACACCCAGUCAUCAUACCAGCCUAUCACCACAACACAGGUUCAGACAGGCCAGCCUGCUUCUACAUCCCAGGCCCAGGAUAGCUAUGGAACUAGACCUUCAGGACAAGCUAAAUGGUACAGCAUUUUACAAGAUCAGAAUAUUCCCUCCUCUUCUCAAGUUUCUGGAAUACAGACCCAGUCAUCAUACCAGCCUAGCUACACAACCCAGUCUCCUUCUACCUCUCCAGCUCAUUCCAUGGCUGCUUCAACAUUUUAUCAAGGGCAAGUGUCCAGCAUGUACAACAUUUCACAGGACCAAAGCAUUACAUCCUCUGUUCAGUCUGUGUUCCCUACAAACAAGCUAUCUGGAACCCAGACCCAGUUGCCAUACCAGCCUAGUAUCACAACACAGGUUUCCACAGGCCAGCCUGAUUCUACGUCACAGGCUCAGGACAGCUAUGGAGCUGGACCUUCAGGACAAGCUAAAUGGUACAGCAUUUUACAAGAUCAGACCAUUCCCACCUCUUCUCAAGCUGCUGGACUCCAGACCCAGUCAUCAUACCAGCCUAGCACCCCAUCACGGGCAUUUGCAGGCCAGUCUAUUAUUGCUCAGACUUCAGCUUAUCCAAGCCAAACCUCUGGCAAGUACACCAUUUCACAGGGUCUGAAGAAUCCAUCCUCUUCCCUAAUGCCUGGAUUCCAGACCCAGUCAUUAUACCAUCCUAGCACUACAGAAUGGGUUUCCACAGGCCAGUCUGCUUAUACAUCUCAGGCUCAGGGCAGCUAUGAGGCUGGACCUUCAGGACCAGCUGAAUGGUUAAGCAUUUGACAAGAUCAGACCAUUCCCUCCUUCUCAAGCCUCUGAAAUCCAGACCCAGUCAUCAUACCACCCUAGCUCUGCAACACAGGUUGUUGUAGGCCAGUCUCCUACCUCUCCAAGUAAUUUAUUGGAUGAUUCAAUGAUGUAUCAAGGUCUAACCUCUGGCAUCUAUCUGACUUCACAAGGUCAGAACAUUCCAUUCUCUUCCCAGUUUGCAGUCACCACAAACCAAAUCUCUGGAUUGUGGGACCAGACACUUCAUGCUGACACCACAACAAAUGCUUUGGUGGGUCAGUCUGUUUCUACAUCAUUGGCAUCUUUCUCCUUCUAGUUUCCAUACUUUGCUACAGAAUGAGUUUCUGAGCUCUGAUGCAAAACAAGAAUCAACAAUAUUUUACUUUUUCUGAACCAAAGUGCUAUGACUUGUGCCAUGUCCCAGAAUUUGCAGUCCCCAGCAUUUCACAUCUACACAAUUCUCACCUGUCCCAUAAACUGUUACCAGUCCCCCAGUAUCUCUACCCAUGCCUUCCCAACAGCUGCGGAGUGGAAUUGCCUCUAUAGCAACCAGCCAAACCUCCCAUCAUGUUGCGACAUCAUCUCAAGAUGCAGACUUUUGUGCUGCUGUACCCUUUCAAGGUACCAAACAGAACUCUGCAGGCAUUGAUUUCCAGGGUACAUUGCCCCAGGUAGGACACCAUGACCAGUACAGCUCAGUAUGUAACUUUCCAUUUGGUUUCUGCAAUUCUCCUCAAGGAGCUGCAAACAACAAAUUUGUUCAAAGCCAGAGUGUACAGACGCACAACCUAUAAACCAAGAAAUCGUGGAGCGCUUUUUUUGAAGGCAAAUCAGUGCCUCAUCUGCAUUCAGUGUUCUACAAAGCUUUUUCCAAUAUCUGAUAUGGUGAGCUCAACUAGUAACAGCUUGACGACACCCCCCCCCCCCCCCCCCCCCCAAAUCCAUAAAAUGUAAACUUAUUCUGCAACACAAUAUUGAGUGCUUCUAUGGCUGAUGACUGACUGAAUAUUUGCUCAUCUGAGGUCCUUUUAUUUGUUGUCUGAAUAUUUGUUGUAAUAAAUGGAGAAUGUACA